AUGAACCUGACGUGCAUGAUCUCCCAUUUUAAAGACUUCAAAGCAAGCAAUGUAAAUACUUGGAUGUAUUGCAAAGUAAGCGGGAAAAGUAAAUCCGUCUGCGUGUGUGUAAAAAACAACCACCUUAACAAGUUAAACACCAUAGGGAAGGAAUUUUCUACAUUCCUAGGGCAGUUAAUUGACAGAAAAAAAAAUUCAUCUAAUUUAUCACCAAAUGAAGAAAUUAUUAGGAGCUACAAAAGGGUAAAUAUAAAAAAAAUACUCAAGGGGUGCACGAAAUCCAGAGAACAUAAGCAAGAUGGUGGUAAUGAGGAAAUAACUCAUGUUCGUCAAGGAAAUGAAAUUAAAGACGGAAGAGUUAUGGGAGAGAGGGAGAUAUCACAUGGACAAAGAUGUGACAAGGACAAUGAAAGUCAUUCGCAUUUAUUAAGAAAUCAAAGAAAUGAGAUUCAACUUGGGGAAAACAAGUUUCACCAGAUGGAAGAAGAUUUGCAUUGGAAAAAAAAAUUAUAUUCUGAAUCGUUAAGUGAAAAGAGAAUGAUGUCAAGUAAACUUGGACACGGACUAGGAAUACAGAACAGGAGAGAAGUUGUUCAUGAGGAAAAUGUAAAAGAUGCAGUUGAUGAAUUAUUCAUGUCAAAGGAAAAAAAAAAAAAUUUAAUGAAGAGAAUUAUUUUUAGAAACAGCUAUGAUUACAUGGAGCUGAUUAAUAAGUAUGAAUCUUUCAAGGCGAAGGAAGAUGAUAAUUUUUAUAAUUGUAUGAACAAUCCAAGAAAAAAUUCUGAUAAAUUUAGUCAAAAUAGAGAAGACAAAGUAGAACAAGAAAAUCGAGAGGAUAGUAGUAGUACUACUACUACUACUUCUCUCUCCAUUGAUGAUACCUAUUUGUACGAGGUGGAAACAGACACAAAUAAUGAUCCCAAUAUGAACAUUGACAAUUACAUGGAAUGUGGUUUCCCGACAAACACCAAUUUGAACAUUUCUAUAUUCUCAGAAGUAGGAAAAAGGGAUAUCCUAGAAUCGUGCAAGCGAAAAAAAAGUAUGCAAAGUGAAAUAAACAAAAAUAGUGAUUCGAAAAACAUUUUUAAUAAUGAUAUUUAUUUUUGGCUCAAACGAAAGGUUCAUAGAUCUGUAGGUUGGCAGUUAACACCAAUCAGCCUUGGAAAAUCUCAGGAUAUAAUCGACGUUACAAACCUCAAUUUUGCCAAAACGAAUUCACAAAUGAAUGACUUUUCUGAAGGAACAGAAAAAGAUUCAAAUAUGGAGAAUAAAAGUGUAAAAAAUCAGAACUUUUCGAAUAAUGGAGAGGAUAACCCAUUUGAUAAAGUCCAUGUGGAAGAAGCAAAAGUAGUAGAAAAGCGUCCAGGUAGAAUGACUUAUCUGGAAAGAAGAGCGGCACCUGCGAACUUUUUAAGCAAGAUUUGUGUGAAGGGGGUGAACGAACGUGACAACAUUGUGCAAAGGUGCAUUGACGAGGUGAGAAGUGGAGAGAACAUCUGCCCUGGAGAGGUGAAAGGUGGAGAGAACAUCUGCCCUGGAGAGGUGAGAAGUGGAGAGAACGUCUGCCCUAAGGAAGAGACCGAAAGCGCGUACGAAGGAAUAAUACACAACAGCAAGAAUGUGUUCAGAAAAAUAAGGGAAAACUAUGAAAUUUUUAAAAAAGAAAAACUGUCACCACAUAUCAUUGAAGGGUGCGAAAAAUACAUCAAUUACUAUUACGGAAUUGAAAAGGAAGAAAAAGUAAAAGAAAUGAGAAAAUAUGCAGAAUUGAAUUUUUAUGACAUAAUAAAAGAUGAAAAUUUUGAUAUUGAUAAUUACAAUAUGUUUAUAAAAAGCAAAAUAUUAUUUAAUAAAGAAGAAGAAGCAUUUCAAUAUUUUAAUCUGUUAAAGAAAUAUGACUUUAAAAUAAAUGUAGAAACGUAUAACAGCUUGAUGUAUACAUGCAUUGUACAGAAGAAUGCAAAAUUAGGUAGACUAAUAUAUCUGCAAAUGAUAAAGGAUUUUAUUAGUCCUAAUAAAAAUACAUAUUGCAUUUUAAUCAAAGCACAUAUACUGGACAAUGAUAUUAAAAGUGCUUUUCAUUUAUAUAGAAAAAUGAUUAAAGAAGAAAUAGAAGUAGAUUUACCAAUUUAUUCAACUCUUAUUGAUGGGUUGUUAAAGCACAAGUACUACCAAAGAGCAGAAUCAUUUUUUAAUUAUAUUAUUAAUUAUAAAAAUGUAACCCCAGAUGAAAUACUUUAUACUAUAAUGAUAAAAAAAUGUGCAUAUAAUGCAGAGGCAGAAAAGUGCUUAAAUUAUUAUGACACCAUGAUUAGUAGUAAUAUGAGAAUAACAGAUAUAACACUUAUAGAAAUUAUUAACUGUUUAUCGAAAAGAAAUGAUUACUUCCAUAAGGUUUUCCAUUUUUAUAAUAUUUACCUUGCUAAUGACAUGAAGUUAAAUCAUCGUCUCAUGCUUUACAUGAUUAUUGCAUGUUCGACUAGCGGUAAUAUAAAGCGUUUGAAGGAAAUUCUAAAAACAAUGAAUAGACACAAAAUCAAAAUUACACAAGAAAUGUGUGCAUAUAUCAUAAGGGCCUUUGCCAACAAUUGUCAAAAAGAAGGAAUCACCCUCAGUGAAAAACAUAACAAUAUUAAGUAUGCAUGGGCAGUGGUGAGUGAAGUGAAUAAUCUCAAUUGGAUAAGCAAAUCAAAAAGUGUUGACACAACAAAAAUGCUCAACAGUAUUGUCUUACUCUACAUCAACUGUGACUAUUAUGAUUACGCCAUUAGUAUGCUAAAAUAUUACACCCAUUUUAAAUGCUGCCCAGAUGGAUACACCUUCAGGAUGUUAUACAAGAUGCUGUUUUUUCAAUUACAUGAUUAUGGAAAAGUUCUGUGUCUAUACGACCAUAUGAUAAACCACACAGAUAUCAAAGCUGAUGAAUAUACUUUCAAUUUGGUUCUAAGUGCUGCUAUAAAAACAAAAUCAUCGAAGAAUACCCUUUUUGUUUUAAGACACAUGUACUCAGCUAAGAUAUACCCAACCCAGAAAGCCAUCAAAGAAUUGUUUCACGUCGGUAGACACAUAACAGAAAUUCAGGUACUAAUCAAUAGCAUGAUAAACCAGCAAAAAAAAGUUAUAUAUGAAGAAAAUCUUAAAGAUAACCAGCUAAUUCAACUCAACAUUGAUGAAUACGAGUUGAAUUUAUUUAAAGAAGGAAAAACAUUCAAAACCAAGUCUACACUAGACCAAGUGCGCAAUCAGUUCUUCAACAGGAAGCAGAGAAUAGAGAAGGAAAAAAGAAUGUCAAAAAAUAAAAAAUCAUCCGAUUGGUUACCCUAUGGGCAAUACCUUCAGCAUAAGCGAAAGGGAGGUGAAUCCUAUGCCAAACGGGUUGAUCGACCCAAGCCCCUCCCCUUUGACUAG